AUCCAUUCACGCGCUCCAACUCUCCCGCCACCUGUUGAGUGUGCAUUUUUUCUUUUCUGCUAGUCCCUCGCCCCACACAGCCUAUCCCCGUACCUCACGCCCCGGCUGGUGUUCCUGACUGUGCUGAUUCCAGCAUCCCAUCCAAAAUCGUCGCGCAAUUGCGAAUACGAGUCCUAGCCCUAGGUUGGCAGCGCAUUCAUCCAUAACAAAAAAGGUGCUUUCAUAACGCGCUUGACGGGGAGACUGCCCAAGAAGAGGAAGAAAAGCCAAAGCAACAUUGCACACGCUUUCUCCUUUCUGCUCUUUGUUUCCAAUUAUUUUUUCUUUCCCGCUCCUAUUUCCCCACUCUUUUCUUUUCCCUUUUCACAUACACUAUGCAUCUCACAGCACGCGCAUCGUCGCUCAGCCCAACCAGCAGCGGCAGCGGCACAAAGCUAUCGGCGCCAAGGUGCAUUAUCCGGUCAACGCACAGCUACCACGCCCAGACCGCCAAGGAGCUAUCGUUUGAAAAGGGGGAGUUUUUCCAUGUCGUAGAGCGCGAAAACGAUCCAGUGUGGUUUGACGCCUGCAAUCCCCUGACAGGCAGGCGCGGCCUUGUGCCCGUUGCACUGUUUGAGGUCAUGGAGACACGGCAGGAGCGCAUGCGCAGGACGCAGCGGUCCAUGUCGACAGUACCGGGCCUCCAGUCAAACCCUGUCACGCCGGUCCCCACAUCGCAGUCCGAUAUCUUCCCGCACUCUCACCAUGCCUCGGUCAGCAGCCCCUCUCGCACAUCGCUGGGCAUUUCGCGCAGCUUCUCCAACAUGUCUGCCGGCAUGCAGCAGACACACAGCCCCCUGAUGGGCUCGUCGCCGCCGUCGCAGCGGAGACCCAGCGAGGGCGCAACGCUUGUUGAGGGCAUGUCGAGCAUGUCGUUGCGGUCACGGGCAGCGAGCACUCUGCACCAGCGCCAGACCAGCAGCGCUGGCCAGUCCCCAGCGCCGUCAGUCCCCGCGCAGAUUCAACUCUACGGCGCAAUGCUGUACGACUUUGAAGCAGAGACCAGUGAUGAGAUUUCGCUCAAGGCUGAGGAAUCCGUGCUUAUUGUUGCACAGAGCACUGAGGACUGGUUUGUCGCCAAGCCAGCCAUGCGUGCAUGUGCCCCUGGCCUCGUGCCUGUCGCAUACGUCAAGCUCCAUGACCACAUCUCAGGCGGGGCCAUUGAUGAUCUGCAAGCGUAUCUGCGUCGCUACCACCUACGGCUGCCGAGCGUGGCUGAGUGGAAGAAAAAGUCCUUGGCCACGCGCUCGUCACGCAGCUCAGGGACCGCAGGCAGCGACACUGCCAGCAGUAACAGCAUCGAGGGCCAGUCUACGCCACCUGGAAGCACUACCGGAAAUCGGGAGAGCAUUCUCGGGCAGUGGCCCCCUCAGAUGAAGCCGCGGACCAGAGCCCGGACCGCCAGCUCGUCAACCAGCUCGAUUGCAGACCGCAGCUCACUGCGCCCCCUGCACAAGGGCCGGCAGGCGUCAGCCAGCUCGUUGCAGUAUCUGGCCAUGGAGAACCUGCCGCCCUUCCACCCGCAGGACUUGGCAUCGGCGUCGGUACCCACGUUCAUCUGCAAAGACGGCGCCUAUUUGUUUUUGAUCUCGCUCAAAUUCAAGACCGGCGACGAGCGCAAUCUAUAUCGUGGCUAUGAUGACUUUGUGCACUUCCACAUCCAGCUCACUGACCUGUUCCCGGAUGACAUGAAGCGCUUGGCAUCACCGCACUUCUUGAAUGCCAACAUGGCAUCUGGUGGCUACGUCAACGACGGUAUUGCAGAGAAGCGCCGCAGCGACAUUCGACGACUACGUGCAGGGUCUCAUGAAUAUGCCACAGCCUGUUGUAAUCAACCAUGUCUUCCAGCGCAUGUUUGGCUCGGGAUCCAGCUCCACAGGCAUUCCUCUCAACCGGACACCCUCGACACGGUCCCACACGACGUCACCAGCGUCGUACCAGACCCAGCAUGUGCCCUCGCUGUCAGUCGAUAGUGGUGUAGACACUGGUUCGACCCACAGCACAUCGCCAAAGUCUGCUGCACGCUCAAGUACUGUACUGUCGCCCGCUGAAGCGAUCUUGUCAUCGACGCGAUCAGCCCUGGCUGCAAAGUACGGUGAGCGCGGCUCCAUGCAGCCGCCAUCUCGGUCACCCCCGCGCAUUGUCCACAAGUCAAGCACGCUGACUCUGGUAGGAAAUAUACCGAUGAUCAAGGUCAAGGUGCGCGUGGGCGGCGACAUGGUGGCCAUGCGGCUACCGUCGACGCUAGGUGUUGAGCAGAUCAAGG